AAACACACGCGGAAGUAUGGCGCUGUAUACUGUUGCUUUUAUUCUUGCAUUUUUGCAUUUAGCCAAUUUAACACCCUUGUUUUUACCUGAAGAGGAAUAUCAUUUCAAACAAUGGAUGUUACAGUAUAAUAAAGUCUAUGUUCUGGAGGAGUACUACCAUCGCCUGGACAUCUUCACUGGGCAUAAGAGGAGAAUCGACUAUCAUAAUGCAGGGAAGCACACAUUCUCAAUGGGACUGAAUCAGUUUUCUGACAUGAGCUUUGCAGAGUUUAGGAAGACUUUCCUCCUGACUGAACCUCAGAACUGCUCUGCCACCAAAGGGAGUCACAUCAGCAGCCAUGGGCCAUAUCCUGGUUCUGUGGACUGGAGAGAGAAGGGAAACUAUGUGUCACCUGUCAAAUAUCAGGGUCAUUGUGGAAGCUGCUGGACCUUCUCCACUACCGGCUGUCUUGAGUCUGUUACGGCUAUAGCUACUGGAAAACUCCCACUUCUGUCUGAGCAGCAACUGGUGGACUGUGCUCAAGACUUCAACAAUCACGGAUGUAUGGGGGGACUCCCAAGCCAGGCGUUUGACUAUGUUAGAUACAACAACGGACUCAUAACCGAAGAUGACUAUCCUUACACGGGACAUGAUGGCUCUUGCAAUUUCAAGCCCGAGUUGGCAGCUGCCUUCGUGAAAGAUGUUGUCAACAUAACAAGUUAUGACGAAAAGGGCAUGGUUGAUGCUGUGGCCAGACUGAACCCAGUCAGCUUUGGAUAUGAAGUGACUGAUGAUUUCCUCCACUACAAAGAUGGUGUGUACAGCAGAUAUUUCCUAAUAGAACGAGGGAGGAACAUGUGUGGACUGGCAGCCUGCUCCUCUUAUCCUCUCCCCCCAGUGUGAUGUAACGGGAACUCAGAAGAGAAGAAGAGAAGGCCACAGUCAGAGUCUUCAGCUACAGUAUGAGAACUCAGGAAAAACAGGAUACAUUUUCUCAUUCAGAGGACAGGAGUGGGCAUCUCUGUGUUAUUUGCAUGGACAUGUUUUUAAGAACUGUAGUUAUACUGUUACAAUGUGAGUUUUACAUUUUAUUUUAAAUUAAUUAUAACUGGAUCGUAUUAUGAAGGUUGGUACUGUAUAUGAAAUGUGGCUAGUCAAGGUUAGUUAGUAGGCAAUGACUGGGUAGUGAGAGUCUUUGAAUCGUGUGCUUAUGUAGCAACAUAUUGCUCUGGUUUUGAGUGUGUAAGAGAUCCUAGUUAGUACUGUAGUUGCCUACUGUCACAAAAGCAUCACCAAUAUUUUAGCUUCUCCUGAUUUGACAUUUUGGUUAGUGUUAUAUUUUCUUUAGAGGUUUGUACUAGGCAUAUUUUGUGUAUUUUAGACUGAUGCUGCUGAGGGUUACUUUUUUUGCAUGUAGUUUUGUGGUUUUGUAAAAAAAUAUAUAUAUAUAUACAGUACCA